ACUAUCUUACUGCACUGCCCGAAGCAUGCGAAGGCUAUCCCAUGAGCAAUAUACGGUUGGGUGGAUUUGCGCUCUGCCCCUCGAGAUGGCUGCUGCAAUAGCUAUGCUCGAUGAAACCCACGAAGACCUGCCGGUCAAAUCGAACGAUGGUAACGCCUAUACCCUGGGAAGGAUCGGGAAACACAAUUUAGUAAUCGCGUGUUUGCCAAGUGGCCAAUAUGGAACAACAUCCGCAACUGUUGUUGCAAUUCAGUUGCUGUCGAGUUUCCCGUCAAUCAAGUUCGGACUUAUGGUGGGCAUUGGUGGGGGAAUACCAAGCUCAAAGGUUGACAUUCGGUUAGGCGAUGUUGUGGUCAGUCAGCCAAGUGCCACGCAUGGUGGUGUCGUACAGUACGAUUUUGGGAAGGCGUUACAAGGUGACCGUUUUCAACGCAGAGGUUUGUUAAACUGUCCGCCUCAGGCUCUCCUGACCGCGCUUGCUAGGCUGCAGGCAAAGCACCGAGUGUCUAGAAGUGCCAUACCUACUUACCUGGCAGAAAUGAUGCGAAAAUAUCCACACAUGCGGAGAGACUAUUCACCCGAUGGUCUCUUAGAUAUACUCCAUGAGGCUGGGCACCAUGCCCUGACUUCAGUAAACCCACUGAAUCUCAACGCGACACGAAUAGUCCCACGACCAAAAAGAGCCACAAGUGAACCGGUGAUCCAUUAUGGCCUCAUUGCUUCGGGAAACCAGGUUGUCAAGGACAGCAUCAAGAGAGAUCGCCUAGCCGGAGAGCUCGGGGCUUAUUGCGUAGAAAUGGAAGCCGCAGGACUUAUGAAUCAUUAUCCAUGCCUGUUGGUCCGAGGCAUUUGCGACUACGCAGAUGCACAAAAGGACUCUAAAUGGCAAGGAUAUGCGGCAGCUGUAGCAUCAGCCUAUGCUAAGGAGCUUCUGACGGUGACAUCUGCCAGCCUCACUCUCCAGUCACCGAGAGUACGGGAAAAUCUUACAAUCCAAGAUACACGAUUUGCUAGACCCUUAAGCCUGGGAAGCAUGACCGUAGUUGGCAACUUUAUAGGCCGUCAUGAUGAAUUAGGUUGGUUAAGGGCUAAACUGACCUGGAAAACUCAUCCUCGCCGGAGGAUCAUAGUGUUACAUGGAUUGGGUGGUAUUGGGAAAACACAGUUAGCAGUGCGAUUCGCGCGUUUAAAUCAAAAUGACUACAGUGCAGUGUUCCUGAUCAAAUGCAGAGAUAGAACAACAUUGCUGCAGUCCCUAGCGUCAAUUGGGCCUCAAAUUCACGCCAGUGAUGGAUCGGAAGGUUGUUCACCUGUGCUCAGUCUUGAGCAACGGGCUCAGCGUGUGCUAGACUGGUUGACACUAUCUCAGAACCCCAAGUGGCUGCUCAUAUAUGACAAUGUAUGCCACAGUGAUAAAGCAGGGUACAAUAUUAGUGACUUUUUUCCCUCGGCAGACCACGGCUCGAUUAUAAUUACCACCCGCAUUCUCUCAUUCACUGAACUUGGAGAAUCGUUAAACGUCACUAAGCUAUGCCGUGGGGAAACAAAUCAGUUGCUACUACAAAGCUCCGGCUUAUGGCAAUCCUCCAAGGACGGCCAUUACCUCAAUGAAGGCAGGUUUACCCCUUACAAUCGUGAACUCGUCAGUCGACUGGACGGUCAUCCGCUCGCGACCGUGAUAGCCGGCAUGUUUAUAAGGCGCACCGGAAUUAGCUUGUCCAAAUACUUGCAGAUUUACAAAACGUCCUGGCGUGCGCUACAAAUAAAAUCAACCGCCUUGGAUACACAUGGCUACAGAAGUGUUAUUCAUACCUGGGACCUUUCCUACAGAGAGAUCCAAGACAGAAACCCAAUAGCAGCCGAACUCCUAAUCAUCGUCGCCUUCUAUAAUCAUCAUGAUGUCUCUCUCGAUGUACUGAAGAAUGCCGCUAAAUAUUCCGAUUCUCCUCAAUGGUUUCGCGACCUUGUGUCAGAGGACUUGAGUUUUGCAACAGUUGUGGGCGUCCUUGUGGACUUUUCGAUGAUUGAACGAGGUCAUGGAAAUGUGGGGUACUCCAUGCAUCCUGUUCUUCAGGAAUGGUGCCGUCGAGGCAUUAUGCAGAAGGAUAACGUUCGCAAUACCCGAUAUCAACACAUGGUUUUGGUGUCGAUUGGUGCAAUGGCGUCUACACCGAACAAUGCUGACUGCUAUCUCCUACAACGAAGACUGAUUCCUCAUGCAGUAUCUAUACUUGGAGAGCUUAGUAACCUUUUCCUCAGUCACGGCAUGCUUUGCGAGGCAGAAAAGGCGUACAAGCUAGCAUACGCAGGGUCCAUUCGUAUAUUUGGCCGAUGUCAUCAUUCAGCACUUGCAUCGGCCAAAAACCUUGCGAAGCUAUAUUGCUUAAAGGGACAGUUCGGAGAAGCACUUCGAGCAUAUAAGCAGGCUCUCAUGAGGCAGGAAUCCGCUCUCGGACCAGAGCACCCGUUGACUUUAUCCACCCUCAAUGACUUUGGAACAUUCUUCUGCCUACAGGAGAAGCUUGACAAAGCACAAUCUCUAUAUCAGCGUGCCUUUGCGAUCCGUAUAUCAGCCUUUGGGCCGGAUCAUUUUUCUACGCUUGCCCUUUUCAACAACCUUGGGAACGUCUUCUCCCGCACGGGAAAUUUGAAGGAUGCAGAAGCCUUCUAUAAGCAGGCAUUAAAAGGUCGCGAAAGUUUACUAGGUGCCAAACAUCCCUACACUCUCGCAACUGUUAAUAAUCUUGGCAACCUCUAUUUGCACCAAGGUCUUACUGAUAGAGCAGAAGGCCUCUAUCGGCGGGCACUUCAAGGUCGACAGAAUAUCCUUGGCAACCAGCAUUUGCUAACACUUGCGUCCAUGAAUAAUAUAGGGAAUCUGUAUUCACGCCAGAGAAGAUAUAAGGAUGCAGAAGAUAUGUACAAGAUGUCAUUGUGUGGUCCUACAAUUAAUAAUCUCGGAAACUUAUACUGUGAUCUACAAAGGUGGGAAGAGGCCGAAAGGAUGUACGAAAGGGCACUAUCUGGUCGCAAUUUAUUGCUGGGGCCAGCACAUCCUUCAACCUUAGCGACUUUUAACAAUCUGAAAAACCUUCUUCUUUAUCAAGGGCGCAUUGAAGAACUAGGGAUGUUAUUCCGGCAACCUUUACUAAUCGACAAACACGAAAGACAGACUGCGGAAGACGACCUAUCUUGGGUUUCGAGGAGAAGAAAAGCGGACGUGAAAUUUUUCCUUCCUUCGUUGUCAUUACCCAAGUACUUCCGCAGGAUUUAA